GGUGAUAGACAUCUGUUUCGCCAGCUUAGGGAGAGGCGGCAGUAGUAGAGGAGGGCUAGAGCAGCCAAGGCCAGCAUAACUUUAGUUAGCGAGGCCGGUGCAACAGCAGCCAUGGCCACUACAGCCAUGGCCACUAGAGCCAUGUCCACUUCUGCGCAGCAGACUUCCCAAGCCAGUAGUUCAGGUGUCAUCGGGUCAACGGUUGCACAGACUGUGAGUCAGUCCACUGCCAUUAUGGCAAGCCAGGCCGCGGAAUUAACUCCAGAGAAUGACGCCAUCCAGCAGGCAGCCCUACAAGAGGCACAACUACAGCGGGCAUUAGGGGAGAUAAAAGCGGAAAAAGAAAAGAUGAUCAGGAGAAGAGCCAGGACGCAGCGAAGAGGGGCAGACAUAGAGGAGUUAGAGACGAUGGACCUGAACAAUAUGGAUGAUGAUGUGAGGGUAGUUAGGAGGGCCCUGCUAAGCGCAAUAGAGGUGCAGGAGCAUCAAUCAACCAUCCUUGAGGACAUUCAACAGAGCCUAGCCGUUUUGGCAGGCCGUGCUCAGGCAGCACCAUCACCAGCCGGGCCUGGUGCCUGGCCCGUGCCAUAUCCUCCCUUUUCUGUCCCACCGGUGACCGGGGUAUCCCCAUAUGUAGCCCCGUCAACGGUUGCUAUCGUUUCCCAAGGCAUGCCGCUGUCAGGAGGGGUAAUAGCAGGGAGUAUUUUGCAGGUUCCUGUACAAACAGUGUUUACUCAAAGUUCGUUGCAGGUUGCAGUCACCACGCAGCCUGCUGUCUCACAGCCUGUGCAGCCUCAGGGCACGCAGCCCCAACAGCUAGCACAGCAACCUGUGUCACCGGGUCCACACCCCGGAGUGGUGCAGGGACCGGGACAAACCUCGUGGGUUCCAAAGACGGCCAUCGCCGCUCCCAAACCUUUCAUAGGGGACAAGAGAGGCGAAGACCUCAACACAUGGUUGAGGUUUGUGCCGGUCUACGUCAAGUGUAAACUCACUUUGCCGCACGAAGAAGUGCUUGUGGCUGCUUCCUACCUAGAGGGUAGUGCAGCAAGAUGGUUGAGCGGCUUAGUGCAGCUCCAGGGAUAUGGUCACGACUUUCGCGCUUGGGCAGCCACCCAGAAAUUGGAUGACUUCCUGAAGAUGGUGGAGGAGAGGUGGCACGAUCCUCAGGAGGCUCAAAGGGCCACUGAUGCGAUCCUGACACUGCACACAAGGCAGUUUAAGUCAGUAAGGGAAGCCACCGACGCUGUUGAGUGUCUGAUCUGUGUCCCCGGGGUGCGCUAUGACCCCCAGGUCCUGCUGACUUCGUACCUGAGAUGCUUUUCUCAGCCUCUUAGGAACCAGUUGGCAAAAGAGGCCAACAUCAAUAUGCACAACUUCCCUACAUUUAGCAAGGUGGCCCUAGACCUUGAAGCAAAGAUAGGGCAUGGACAGGCACCCAGUAAGGACGGGAGGAAGACACUGCCUCCUAACUGGAAGGCGAAACGUUGCUUGAUGUUUGUCGACAACGAUGGUUCUACCAUCGAAUUGGAUGGCAACUUCCAGGAGGGAGUAGGUUCAGAGGCAGCUAGCAUAGACGCUUCAGAGGGUGGAGUGGUCGCUGCCGUAGCACAAAAAGGCGAGCCGGUGAAAAUGCCGCCGGAGAUAGAGGGGGUAGUUGCUAAGUACCCUGAUCUACUUGAAGAGCCGACAGGGGUCGUUGAGAGAGAGGUCGUCCACGAGAUAGAGAUUAUCCCUGGGUCUAGUAUUCCGAAGGGUAGGAUCUAUCGGAUGUCUCCAGGUGAGCUUGCUGAGCUUCGCCGCCAACUCAAGGAACUCGUAGAGAAGGGUUGGAUCCGACCGAGCGUCUCUCCUUAUGGGUCUCCAAUUCUAUUUGUGCCUAAGAAGAAUGAGGGUACUCUUAGGAUGUGCAUUGACUAUAGGGGCCUCAAUGUCAUCACUGUAAAGAACAGAGAGCCCCUAUCACGCAUCGAUGAUCUGUUAGAUAGAGUGCAAGGGUGUCGGUACUUCAGUAAAAUAGAUCUGAAGUCCGGGUACCAUCAGAUUGCAAUCCGGCCCGAGGAUCAACACAAAACCGCCUUUCAGACCACGUACGGUCUGUACGAGUUUGUGGUGAUGCCUUUCGGCCUUUGCAAUGCUCCUGGCACCUUUCAACACACUAUGAAUCGGAUAUUCCAUGACUACUUGAAUAAGUUUGUCGUUGUGUACCUCGAUGACAUACUUAUUUUUAGUAAGAGUGUCGAGGAGCACGUUGCACAUUUGGACAAAGUCCUCAGUCUCCUGCGACAGCACAAGUACAAGAUCACCGGUGAGAAGUGCGAGUUUGGCCGCACCCGUGUCUUGACUUUCGUUAAGAACUAUAGCAUAGUGGCCGCUCCUUUGACUGAUCUGACCCGCCUUGAUACCCCAUGGGAGUGGACAGAUAAGUGUGAGGCUGCUUUCAGACAUAUGAAGCAUGCGUUGACGCACUAUGAAGUCUUGAAACUUCCUGAUCCUGGCAAGCCAUUAAUAGUCACCACGGAUGCCAGCCAAUACGGCAUCGGCGCCGUGCUCGCGCAACAGGACGGGCCAAAGUUGAGGCCAGUAGAGUACAUGUCCAAGAAAAUGCYGUCACAGAAGUUGGCUAAGUCCACUUAUGAGAAGGAACUCUAUGCGGUGUACAAGGCUCUCACCCAUUGGAGACACUAUCUCCUUGGGAGGUUCUUCAUCCUCAGGAAUGAUCAUCAGACCCUGAGAUGGAUGAGAACCCAGCCGGUACUCUCUGACGCUCUCAAGCGUUGGAUCGAAGUCAUUGAGCAAUAUGACUUCGACCCUCAGUAUCUCAAAGGGGAGUACAACAAGGUUGUUGAUGCCUUGUCGCGCAGACCGGACUUCUCAGGUGCGCUGAUUACUGAGUUUGAUCUGACGGACAAUGUUACUCAGUCUUUGGUGGAAGCUUAUCGCAAGGACCAGUUUAUGUCUGAGAUCAUACGCAGACUUCAGGCAAAGGACAAGAAGACCUCCGCCGAGUUUGAGUUGGUUAAUGGCUUGCUUUUCCUAGAGAAGGCAGGGAAUAAACGGACUAGUGACAGAGAUGUCCGGUUCACCAGUGAGUUGUGGAAGGCCGCUGCUGCAGAACAAGGAACUCAGUUACAGAUGACUUCUGGCAAUCAUUCAGAGGCCAACGGUCAGGCUGAGCAACUGAACCGCACUGUGCAACACCUGUUGAGGCAUUACAUCAAGCCCAAUCAGGUGGACUGGGAUGAGAAGCUUGCUCUCAUCGCCAGCUUGUACAACAACGCUGUACACAGCGCCACAGGGCAGGCUGUAGAACAGAUGCAGAAGGCGCAGGCUGCAAUGAUAGAGUCCGAAAAUCGACACCGCCGACCUUCUACAUUUCAGGUUGGGGAUAGGGUCUGGGUUAAGGCGUCAGAACUAGGACAGGAGCACGGGAUCUCCCGCAAACUCAUGCCCCAGUACUUUGGACCUUGGGAAAUCUUGGAUAUCGUUGGGACAGAUCCGGAUGGGCCAUCCUAUGCUAUCCGGAUACCUGGUCAUUUCCGUACUUACCCUGUCUUCCACGCCUCCAAGCUGGCACCUUUCGAAGAGACUGAUCAGUUUCCAUCUCAUCGCUCAAUGCUGCCCCCAACCAUGGGCGGAGAGGUGGACAUCGAUGAUAUCGUGGAUCACAAAGAACUGCCGGUAUCAACACCAGCAGGCUGGGGACGUCCUCCAAAACCGAAGCUGCAGUAUCGCGUUCGGUUCCGGCAUCACACUGAUCCGAAGGAGGACAGAUGGUUCACCAAGGAAGAGCUCAUGCAAACCGCUCCUCAAGUUGUAACCCAAUACGAGAGAUAUCUGCAGAAGGGAAAGCGCCCUAUGAUCGAAGACUGAGCUUCUUAGAGGACUGUUGAAGCUGAGGAGGAGGGAAUGCGAGGCCAAUGCCUCUAUGAGCCCCAUAAGGCCCCCUUUUUGCAG